AGCUUCACUUCCGGAAACAUGGAGGCUGUGUUGAGCGAUGUAGUAGCGCCGGAGGACCUCCUUAAAUUUGAGAAGAAAUACAACAAUGAGCUGGCCAAAGGAGCAGUGUCUAAAGAAACAAAGUUUGAAUAUGCUUGGUGUCUGAUCAGGAGCAAAUACUCGGAUGACAUCAAGAAAGGGAUUGCGUUGUUGGAGGAACUUGUCCAGAAAGCCUCAAAGGAUGACACACGCGACUUCCUGUUCUACCUUGGCGUGGCCAACUACAGACUCAAGGACUACGAAAAAGCACUGAAGUACAUCCGAACUCUCCUGAGGAAUGAGCCUGGAAACAAGCAGGCUUUGGAGUUGGAAAAGCUCAUUGAUAAGGCUUUAAAAAAAGAUGGCUUGGUCGGCAUGGCAAUAGUUGGGGGAAUCGGUCUCGGUGUGGCUGGAUUAGCGGGGCUCAUCGGCCUGGCUGUGUCAAAGGGAGCAUCUAAAUCUUAACCUGAGCGUAAGACCGUGUAUGGCCAUUUCUGCUGGACUUACACAUUGAAUAUAUAUAUAUAUAUAUAUAUAUAUAUAUAUAUAUAAAACAUUUACACCUUGCUAAACAUGACCAAUCUAAGCAAGCUGUUGCACCCCACUUAUGUACAUACAACUAAUAAAGCUGCAGCUUUAUUUA